AUGUCUGAUAUUGAACAAGAAACCGUUGUUGAAGAAGUUGUUGUUGAAGAACAAUCCGGUGCUAUUACCAUUGAAGAUGCUUUAAAAGUUGUUUUAAGAACUUCUUUAGUUCACGAUGGUUUAGCUAGAGGUUUGAGAGAAGCUUCUAAAGCUUUAUCUAAAAGAGAAGCUCAAUUAUGUGUCUUGUGUGAUUCCGUUACUGAAGAAUCUAUCAUUAAAUUAGUUGAAGCUUUAUGUAAUGAACCAGAAGAAAAAAUCCCAUUGAUUAAAGUUUCUGAUGCUAAAUUAUUGGGUGAAUGGGCUGGUUUAUGUCAAUUAGAUAGAGAAGGUAACGCUAGAAAAGUUGUUGGUGCUUCUUGUGUUGUCGUUAAAAACUGGGGUGCUGAUUCCGAUGAAAGAAACAUUUUGUUGGAACACUUCUCUCAACAAUAA